AACAUUCCAACAUGGACACAGGGUCAAAUUCCACAUUACAUUUUUCCUGUGGCUAUGUGUGCUCAGAACCACAACUCUGCCGUCUGAGACCAACAGAAGUGGAGCCUUUAAAGAAAAAUGUCUCCAUCCUCACAAUCAGCAGCACACACAAUUCCACCUCACACUCUGACAAGGCUGGCUCGAGAGUGGCUGGCAGAGGACACACCAAACUUUGACCUAGCAGGAUUGUGUGUGGGGUCCCAGGAAGUGGAAGCCAGGUUGCUGUGUAAAACACCACACAGCAUCCUGGCAGGGAGCCCCUUCUUCACAGCAGUGUUCACUGAGGUCGGCUGCACUGUGGACUGGAUUCAUCAAGAAGGAGCUGCGAUUGGUCCAGAUGCCAUCACCCUAACCGCUGUGGUGAGAGGCCCAGCAAGGUGCCUCCUCCUGGGUGAAAGGCCCGCUCUCAACUGCCUUGCCCGGGCAUCAGGGAUCGCCACUCGCUGCUCUCAGCUCCGGGCAAUAGCAACAGAUGGAGUCUGGCAUGGAGAAGUGGCUGGCACACGCAAAACCACCCCGGGCUUCCGUCUGGUGGAGAAGUAUGCCAUGCUGGUUGGCGGUGUGUCAAUGCACAGGCAGGAUCUGAGUGGAAUGGUGAUGCUGAAGGACAACCAUGUGUGGGCAUCAGGGAGCAUCACACAGGCUGUGAAAGCCGUGCGGUCAGUGUGUGGCUUCAGCAGCAAGAUUGAGGUGGAGUGCCGCUCUGCAGAGGAGGGCAGACAGGCGGCCCAAGCAGGAGCGGACAUCGUUAUGCUGGACAACUUUGUUCCUCAGGAGCUCCAUGUCGCAGCGUUUGCACUGAAGGAGGACUUCCCAACUUUACUGGUUGAAGCAAGUGGAGGAGUGACUCCAGAAAACUUAGCUUCUUAUUUCUCCCCACACGUGGACAUAAUUUCCCUUGGCUGCAUAACACAGGGAUGCCCAGUGGUGGACUUUUCUCUCAAAGUUAAAAAGCCUUGACUCUCUAGUCUCCAAGAAUGAUGAGCAUCACGGAUAUCCUGAUCAGACAUAUCCACACUGAAUAAAUGAGAACAAUUUUUAAAUGUCUUUUAAAUUAAAAUGAAGAUACUU